AUUAAAGAGAAUCGAAACAGUGGGUUCUAGGUUUUGAAGAACUGUGUUUCUGUCGAUAAGAAAAGGGAAAGGGAACUUGUCUUGUGUCUCUGCAAGUUUCUGUAAGUGUGUGGUUUCUGUCUGGGGUUAUCAAAACAAGAUGGGUGGGUCAGUGAAGGACGUGAAAUCAAAGGCUGAACUUGAUAACAUAACCAAAAGUGGAGAAGCAGUGAUCAUUCACUUCUGGGCAACAUGGUGUGAUGCUUCAAAACAAAUGGACCAAGUCUUUUCUCAUCUCUCCACUGAUUUCCCCAAGACCCACUUUCUCAGGGUUGAAGCAGAGGAGCAACCAGAGAUAUCAGAGGCCUUUUCAGUCUCUUCUGUGCCUUAUUUUGUUUUCUUGAAGGAUGGCAAGACAGUUGAUACAUUGGAAGGUGCAGAUCCAUCCAGUUUGGCAAACAAAGUUGCUAAAGUUGCUGGCUCAGCUAAACCAGGAGAACCUGCAGCCCCUGCCAGCCUUGGAAUGGCUGCUGGACCUACUGUUCUUGAAACAGUCAAAGAGUUCACCAAAGAAAAUGGCUCCUCACAACAAGCAAACCAAGUGCAACCUGGCCUCAGUGAUGCAUUAAAAAAUCGAUUGCAGCAGUUGAUUGGCUCUCACCCUGUCAUGCUAUUCAUGAAAGGGAAUGCUGAAGCGCCUAAGUGUGGGUUUAGCCGAAAAGUUGUUGAUAUUUUGAAGGGUGAAAAUGUGAAAUUUGGAACUUUUGAUAUCCUCUCUGACAUUGAGGUUCGUGAGGGGUUGAAGUUGUUCUCGAACUGGCCCACAUUUCCUCAGCUCUACUGCAAGGGAGAGCUUCUUGGCGGAUGUGACAUCGUAAUUGCAAUGCAUGAGUGUGGUGAAUUAAAUGAAGUUUUCAGAGACCAUGGAAUUGAUACUAUUGUUUCCAAUGAGGCAAAAGUGAGUGGAAGUGAAAAUGGAAAGGGUGGCAUUGCACAAUCCACUGGAUUGAGUAUGACCUUGACCUCCAGACUUGAAAGCCUGGUUAAUUCAAGCCCAGUUAUGUUGUUUAUGAAGGGAAAACCUACUGAACCAAAGUGUGGUUUCAGUGGGAAGGUAGUUGAAAUCCUUCAAGAGGAAAAAGCGAAGUUUGAGACCUUUGAUAUUCUCACCGAUGAAGAAGUCCGUCAGGGGCUUAAAGUUUAUUCCAACUGGUCCAGUUACCCGCAACUGUACAUCAAAGGUGAACUUAUUGGUGGAUCAGACAUUGUGCUGGAGAUGCAGAAAAGUGGGGAACUUAAAAAGAUUUUGAUUGAGAAAGGUAUUGUUCAGAAGGAGACCAUGGAAGAUCGCUUAAAGAGCCUGAUUACUUCUUCACCAGUGAUGCUCUUCAUGAAGGGUACCCCAGAUGCCCCCAGAUGUGGUUUCAGUUCCAAAGUUGUAAAUGCCCUGAAGGAGGAGGGUGUAAGUUUUGAAUCCUUUGACAUUUUAUCAGAUGAGGAAGUGAGGCAGGGACUGAAGGUCUUCUCAAACUGGCCAACCUUUCCUCAGCUUUAUUACAAAGGUGAGCUAAUAGGUGGUUGUGAUAUUAUAAUGGAGCUGCGAGACAAUGGAGAACUGAAAUCUACCCUAUCCGAGUAGGGUUGACAUCAAUUCUUUCAAAUAAUGCCAGGCAAAUCUAAACUUUAUUUUCCAGUCAUGUUAGCGGUCUCUGUUGAUGUUAUACUUGAGUGACGAGCAUGAAAUUUGCACAAUGGUACUUUCUCAUCAAUGUCCUGAUGCCUUGCAUGGUUUUCUGAUAGAUCAUAGAAUUAAGCUAUAUUAUGAAAGUUUUGCUUGCUACGUUGUUCAAGUAGUAUUAAGUAUGUUUUGGAUUGCUUUUACAAUGGAUGAAUUAUAGGUUUUUCA